UAUUUAAUUAAAAUAAUAAAAAUCAUCCUUACACUCUCUUUCUCUGACCAAAAUUUCCCAGUGACCUCUUCUUGCUCUGGCUUUUCCGAAAGCCAUGGCACCAAAUUCUAUUCCUUGCUUCUUCCAUAAAAUAAGAUCUCUCAAGCUUUUCCGCAAUGUCUGAGCAGCCUACUACUGCCUCUUAUCUUUUCUCUUCUUCCUCCUUCUGAGCUCUCUUUACCCUUCCUCCUAAUCCCAUGGCGUUGGCUCAAGCCCUACCUCGCAUUCCCUCUACCUGUUGGCUUUGCCGAAUCAACAAGACCAGGACCAAAACCAAGACCAGUAACACCUCCAACACUGCUGAUUGUUUUUACUACUACAGUUCCAGCAUUCAUAAGGAAGAUCAGAAGAAGGCCUCUUCCUCCUCCGGGAUCGCCAUUUCUAGGGUUUAUGUGUGGAGGAAGGGUAAUUGUGGUUCUCCUUCUGUUAAUGGACGGUGGAGAUUGAGCGCGGUUGAUACCCGCAUUGUUCAGAAUGUUGCUGCUCCUCGUACCACGGUUGAGAUCCCUGUUACUUGCUACCAGCUUAUUGGUGUUACUGAUCAAGCUGAGAAAGAUGAGAUUGUUAAAUCUGUCAUGAAUUUAAAAAAUGCGGAAAUUGAAGAGGGUUAUAGCAUGGAUGUUGUUUCUUGUCGUCAGGAUCUUUUAAUGGAUGUGAGAGAUAAGCUUCUCUUUGAACCAGAAUAUGCUGGUGAUACAAGGGAAAAGAUCCCACCUAAAUCAUCUCUUCGGGUUCCAUGGACUUGGUUACCUGGUGCUCUUUGCCUACUUCAAGAGGUUGGGGAAGUAAAGCUUGUCCUAGAUAUUGGCCGUGUUGCUCUUCAGCAUCCAGAUGCCAAACCAUUUAUUCAUGAUUUACUUCUUUCCAUGGCACUAGCUGAGUGUGCAAAUGCAAAGAUUGGUUUUGAGAAGAACAAAGUGUCCCAAGGAUUUGAAGCUCUUGCUCGUGCUCAAUCUCUUCUAAGGAGCAAAAAGUUUUUUGAUGAACUGAUGUUAUUAUCUCAGAUAGAAGAAUCUUUGGAGGAGCUAGCCCCUGCUUGCACGUUAGAGUUGUUGGGGAUGCCUAACUCACCUGAGAAUGCUGAACGGAGACAAGGAGCUAUGAAGGCAUUGCGUGAAUUGCUCAGACAAGGCCUUGAUCUAGAGGCAUCAUGCCAAGUCCAGGAUUGGUCAUGCUUCUUUAGCCAAGCACUUAAUAAACUAAUGGCUGCAGAGAUAGUUGAUCUUCAUGCAUGGGAUGAUCUGGCAACUACUCGGAAGAAUAAAAAAUCACUUGAGUCACAAAAUCAAAGAGUUGUCGUCGACUUUAAUUGUUUCUAUGUGGUCUUAGUAGCUCAUAUUGCAGUUGGGUUUUCAAGCAAGCAAAGAGAGAUGAUUAGCAAGGCAAAAACCAUUUGUGAAUGUUUGAAAGCAUCAGAAGGUAUUGAUUUAAAAUUGGAAGAAGCUUUUUGCUUAUUCCUUCUUGGUCAGGGUACUAAGGAUGAGGUAGUUGAAAAACUUAAGCAGCUUGUAUUAAAUUCGAAUAGUAGUCCACACAAAUCGAUCUCAGGGAGGGAUAUCAAAGAUGCUUCUGAUGGAAAUCAAUUGUUGGAAACAUGGUUGAAAGAUACUGUGCUUCAUGUGUUUCCGGAUACACGAGAUUGUUCUCCAACUUUGGUAAACUAUUUUAAUGGUGAAAGGAGAACUCUUGGGAGCAAGAGAAAUAUUGGUGGUCUCCGAACCAAUUCUUCUGUUGGUCACAGACCAAUGCAAAAUACACUUCUGUCAGAGCGUAAAAAUUUUGAGGAUUCUAUUUCUCGUGUAAACUCUUCUCAACAUUUAGGUACUGCUGUGAAGCAGUUGACUCCAAUUGAUCUGCAAAGCUCAUUAAUAUCGGAUAAAAGUAACAUUGGAAGCAGUGGUAAUGCAUCAUCUGUGCAAUUGAAAAGGAAUUUAAGCAUGCAUCAUAGUAAAGUUUGGGACAGUUGGUUUUCUCAGGCAUACUUGGUCAGAAGGUUUACUUCUGUUGCAGUUCUGGGGUGCAUCUUCUUUGCUACCUUAAAGUUAACAAGCAUGAAUGUAAAUGAGAUGAGAAAUACUUCUAAAUAUGUCCCAAGUAAAUCAAAUUCGAAUGGAAGUUCCCAUAUUUGGAAAGCAGAUUCUUCUAUAGAUAACAAUGUAGUGCCUGCAUAUAUCAAGGGGGAUGGAUUUCCUGGGAGACUUAAGCACUUUUUGGCUACAGUUGCUACUCUAUUAAAAAAGAACUCAGAUUCUGGAAAUUCCCAUACUUCAUUGCCUGCUACCAGUCUAUCUUCUUCUAUGCGAACAAUGUCUCGGAGUCGCAUGCCUAUGGAAGAAGCUGAAGAACUUGUCAAGCAAUGGCAAGCAAUUAAGGCUGAAGCUUUGGGUCCUAGCCAUCAAGUUCAUAGCCUAUCUGAAAUUCUCGACGAAUCGAUGCUCGUUCAGUGGCAUGCAUUGGCUGAUGCUGCACAAGCCAAGUCUUGUUAUUGGAAAUUCGUCUUGCUACAAUUAUCUGUCCUCCGAGCUGAAAUUUUGUCUGAUGGGAUUGAAGAGGUGGCAGAAAUUGAAGCACUUCUGGAGGAAGCUGCUGAACUUGUUAAUGAAUCUGAGCUAAAGAACCCAAGUUAUUAUAGCAAUUACAAAAUUCGGUAUGUUCUGCGAAGGCAAGAUGAUGAUUCUUGGAAAUUCUGUGAAGGUGAUAUACAAAAAUCAUAAAAUUUCCAAUCUAGUUAUGGAAGCCAUCUUAGUGACUAAUGCUUUACUAACACUCUUCUCCCACUAUAAUUUUUCAUGCGGGAGGAAACCUACCCAAUUUCUUCUGUUUUAGUAAAAGGAAUCUAGAAAAAUGGAGUAAAAAAAAAGGAAAAGGGUGGUUAUGACUUUAGUCUUUCCCUAGCUGUACAUAAUAAGCAUUUGAACAGCUUUUAGAAGCUUAGAAGUGAUUUUGAGAAACAAGUUUGCUCUCAUAAGUUGCAAGCUCUACAAAUUCUCAAAUUUGAUUUGUUGUACUCAUUGAGCUUUGAUGGAGGAACUAGGAAGAAUAGAAACAGACGAGACAGAAGCUAGUGGGGAAAAUGAAAGGGAAAAGGAAGAAGUCAAAUAUGGAGAGCUGAUAGUUUAUUUUGAAUUUUUUUGAUAUGUUUUUAGUUCUGUAAGCUUAGUUUUGUCAUUUCUCACUUAAAUGAAAGAGAAACAAGAUAGGGAACCGGGGAUGUGCCCCAACCUCCAAAUAAAAGAACAGAAAAUGUAACGUGAUGUGUAUUUUGUGUCUACUGGAUUAUUGUAUAGUUCACCUCCAGAAGAACUAAUUAGGUUCUUGUAGGUUCUGAUUUCCUAUUUGUUUGUUGAGGACAUCCUUGGACAUAUAUUUGAAAUUCAUUGAUUUUUUUUAA